UGACCAAACAGCCCUCAAACUAGGCUCGUUAGCCGAGACCACCUCUCUGCAACAUCUCUGCAACCAGGAACAAGAAUUUCUGCACUAUUUUUUCCAUCUAUUUUCAUUUUUCUGUACACGCUGUCUCCCCUUUCUCUCUGUAAUGGCCCCCUGUAUAUUUUCACCCUCGCUAAUUAAUGACAUUUACUACUCUGCCACUCAUCUCCUCUCUCUAUCUCUAUCUCUAUCUCCAUCUCCGUCCCCAUCAGUAUUCAGUAAUGUACCUUCUUCUUCCACUAUUUCUCUGCUGUUAAACUACAUCCACAGCUCAGCCAUCGAGACCUGGGCUUUAGGGUUAGAUAAUUUUUUUUGGUGUCCCGCUUUUUACGCUAUUCAUUUUUCAAAUUUCGUUAACCUCGAAGUUGGAAUAUGGACAUUUCUAUUUGCAGAAUGGCUUUAUGGUUCUCUGUUUGCGCUUCUGUUGAAGGCAAAAGGCUGGGGAUGCAGCUCUUAUAUAGUGGUGCAUUCUGAAACUUUAAUAUAGAGAACGGAGAGUGAACUGCUUUGAAUCUUCACACUUGAUGAUGAUGGAUGGGCGGAGACAUUCAGUUGACAUUCCCAUCUCAAGGACUCUUAUAGCACUCAGGAGGGUGAGGUCUCUGAGGGAUCCAUCAACUAAUUCCAUGAGCAAAUUCUCUGCUUUACUUGAAAAUGCAAACUGGGAAACCAAUUCCACUAAUGAGAUUUCUUUGCAAUUCAUGGGUGGUUGUCAACAAGGUGGUUCUGAUCAUAACGGCCUUGCAAGUUUGAAAAAUUCAGGACUUAAUGGAAAGAGGGAGGAAGAAGUUGAUGAUUUUGAAAUGCGAUGUGAUUUUGGGAAAUCCAAGACUCAGUUGAACUCUUGUGAGAAUUCAGGUAGAGUAGAAAAGGUGGGGGCUCCUAUUAGGACAAAGAAGCUUGAAGGAUUGGAUAAUUGUGCCUUAAAUCAGGAAGAUGUUCAUGGAAACAAGUCAUUGCGUGAAAGAUAUUGUAGCAAUCAUAGGGACAAAGGAUGGGAAUUAGCAUGUGUCACACCUUUGAGUAACUGCUUGGAGGAUGUAGAUUCAACUAAUGAACUGAUUUUAGGAUCACCAAUAGUAGAAUGUAUGGACCAGUCUAUGUCAAGAAAGAAAUCCCAAUACAAAAGUCAAGUUAAAUCAUCUGGGAUGGUGGGUGAUGUUUUGAGUCGAUUAGGUAGUCCAUGCCUAUCCGUAAGUGAUGCUUUAUCAAGCCAUAGCAUAUCAUUCCUUGCAAAUGAAGAGGCUGAUUUGAUGAUUCCAAAUGACCCUGGAUGUGGGAUAAGCUGCUGCUGGACAAGAACCCCUAGAUUCCGAGAAUCAAAUCCAUUUUCUGAUGCAGAAGGUCGUCCCUUGUUGUUCAAGGAUGUGGCUGAGACAGCAUCUUUUGGGCAAAGGAGCUGGAAGCUCAUUGCCAAUGAAACUCCAAGGAGUUUCAGCCAGAAGUUUAGGCCAAAAUCUUUUGAUGAAUUGGUGGGACAAAAUGUAGUGACAAAAUCUCUUUUGAAUGCUAUUUCAAAAGGAAGGAUAACCUCCUUAUAUAUUUUCCAUGGUCCCCGAGGCACAGGCAAGACCUCUGCAUCAAGAAUCUUUGCCGCAGCAUUAAAUUGUCUGUCACUUGAGGAGUUUAAACCAUGCUGUCUAUGUCGAGAAUGUGUUCUGUUCUUUUCUGGAAGGAUCAGGGAUGUGAAAGAAAUAGAUUCAGUGAGAAUUAAUCGUGCGGAAAGGAUUAGAUCCCUAAUUAAGAAUGCGUCAAUUCCUCCAGUUUCGUCACGGUUCAAGGUUUUCAUCAUUGAUGAGUGUCACUUGUUGCAUGGAGAGACAUGGGCAACUAUUCUAAACAGCCUAGAGAACUUUUCUCAACAUUCUGUAUUUGUGAUGAUCACACCUGAUCUGGAAAAGCUGCCAAGAAGUGCAGUAACUCGGUCUCAAAGAUAUCAUUUUCCAAAGAUAAAAGAUGCUGAUAUAGCAACCAGAUUGGGGAAUAUUUGUGUUGAAGAGGGUAUUGACUUUGAUCUGGUUGCUUUAGACUUCAUUGCUGCUAAAUCAAAUGGCUCACUUAGGGAUGCAGAAAUGAUGCUUGAUCAACUGAGUUUACUUGGUAAAAGAAUCACAAUGUCCUUGGCCUAUGAGCUUAUCGGAGUUGUUUCUGAUGAUGAAUUGCUCGAUUUGCUGGAUCUGGCUUUGUCAUCUGACACUUCAAAUACAGUUAUAAGGGCCAGGGAUUUGAUGAGAUCCAGGAUUGAUCCUAUGCAACUUGUGACGCAAUUGGCAAAUCUCAUUAUGGAUAUACUUGCUGGCAAAUGCGAAGAAGACAGUUCUGAAAUUAGAAGGAAAUUUUCAAGGAGUCAUGCUUCUGAGACAGACAUGCAGAGGUUGAGUCAUGCAUUGAAAAUACUUUCUGAAACUGAGAAACAAUUGAGGAUGUCCAAAAAUCAAAGCACAUGGCUUACCGUAGCUCUUUUACAGUUGAGCUCUCUAGAAACUCCUUCCCUGAAUGCAAAUGAUCCAAAGUCCUCUUUGAGGAAUGCACAUGACAGAGAUGGUGAUUUUUGCAGUACGUCAUCCACAGAGGAGAGCUUGAAGCUCCUUUUCCCUUGUUCGUGUGAAGACAGUAAGUCACAUAAGUUGGGGAUGCAGGGGGAUUGUAAAGCAACACUGGAGUCAAUAUGGAAGGGAGCUACAGAAUUGUGCCAAUCAAAUUCACUUAAGAAUUUUCUAAGGAAACAGGGGAAGCUGUCUUCUCUUUGUGUAAAUCGAGAUAUGGCUGUAGCUGAAUUGGAAUUUCACCAUCCUGACUAUGUAUCCAAGGCUGAGAAGUCAUGGAAGAUGAUAGCAAGUUCACUGCAGUUGAUUUUGGGUCGAAAUGUGGAAAUUCGAAUUAAUUUGGUACUUUGUGCUCCUGUGUCAAAGUGUACUAAACUGAGGAAGCUGUCUUUUAGUUUGUUUAGUUGUUCCCGCAGAAUGCAGCAGAAAUCACAAUUACCAAUGGAAUGCAGAAGCAACUCCGACUCUUCUGAUCAUGUCUCUGAAAAGCCUAUGAUAAGUGACAAAGCUAUCUUAACAUGUUCUUCUGAUUGUAGAUCCCAAAUGCCACAUAACUAUCCCAGAGUAGAAGUGGUAAGGGCUUUGAGAAAUACCGAGGGGAAUGUAUUGAGCAUAGGGAAUGCCUCAUCCCACAGAUCAUUACAAGAUGAUAUGCAGAAACUCCCUGCACAUGGAAUUGAUUCUUCUAUGGAAGUAAGAAGCAGCCUUGAAAAUGACGUUUUCCCUACUCAGGAAACUGAAGAGCCGCCAAACUGUUUUCCUAGAGCUCGGAGGCUCCAAAAGAGGUUACAUUCAUCUGACAAUUCUAAAGUGAUUUGGAUGGAUAAUGAGCGAGCGAACAAGCUUACCCUUUCUGUUCCCGGAAAGAAAUCCUUUGAAACGUACAACAGCACUGAUGAUUCUUAUGUCUUCGGCAGCAACAAUUACACCAACUCUAGAAGUGAGGAUGAGCUGAGGGAGAACACAGUUGCCCUUUGUUGGAGAACACCCGCAUUGCCCAUUAACAAGAAUUGGCAGUUGACGGAUCACCGAAGAAGAUCACCCUUAGUUGGGUGGGUUCUUUCCUGUGCCUCAGCAAAAUAAUGCUAUAUAUGGUAUGGGAUACCAGUAAUUCUUGCGUUGGCAGCAUGGGAGCUUCAAUGGUGCUCUUAAAUUUGUUCUAUGUAUAUAUCCAUAUGUUGCAAAACAAAUUUUUUCUUUACAAGGGAACAAAAGAACUAGUGUAACUAUUUAAUCCUCUUUAACUCUAGCUCAGGUUUCAUUCAUUUGGGAAGUAAAGAGACUGAAAAUGGAUUAGUUGGGCAUUUUCUGUCCUUUUUAUUUUAUUCUAUUCCUAGUGAUGCUAA